AUCGGACUUGCACUCCUCGUUCAACCCGAAACUGGGAGCUUGUCAGGCACCCUGGACAUUCGUAGUGCGCCGCCCUGCUCUUCCGCUGUGUCAACCUCCCUGGCCUUUUCUGAAUACUGCCUAAACAGCAGCAAGUAGACUUCGAAGGGGGCGACCAGCGGUUGGAAACGCCGGCAGAGGUUCCCUCGCAGAGGCAUGACGUCCAGAGACCGCGGUGCCGCGGUGGCGGGCGGAUCUUGAGCAGCGGCCGUCUCAUGGUGUAGCAUGUCCUUGCUGCGGGGCGCGCACCGACCUUAUAGCCACUUGGACGACGAGGACGACCUCGUGCGGUACACGGACACACAGCACGACUUACGCAGCUCGCCCACUUCGUCGUCGGCCGCCGCUCCUGCUUCUCGACUUGUCGACCACGCUCAGCGUUCCCGUCGCCACUACUGGUCCACCGCCGGAGGGACAGGGUCUCAGCAAGGAAGGUGCAGCUCCAAGAUGUGCGUUCUCGCAGCGGUCACCACGCUCGUCACGCUCACAAUACUGGUGACGGUGGCAGCGGGGGUGAUAGCCACGACCGUCAGUCCUUCUAGUAGCAGUGCCAGCACCGCGUCCACUGGUGACGCGUCCGGGACGACCCCGGUGUUUUCAUCGAACGCCGCCGGCAGAUCGGUGGAAGACGUGGUGCGUGCUCGGACCCCCGGCUGUGGGGAGAUCGCUGGAGUCGUCGAGGAUGGAGCGUUUGUUUUCAAGGCCCUGCGUUACGCCGAGGCCCCCGUGGGUGAACGCCGGUGGCGCAAGCCGCAGCCCAGCAGCGCUCAGUCAUGCGUGGCCGGUCGCCGGGCCGAGCACUUUGGCUCGCCGUGUCUGCAGGCCAACCCGGUCACGAAGAAGUUCGAAGGGUCCGAAGACUGCCUCUUCCUCAACGUAUGGACGCCACGCAUCGACGCUACCGCUGGUAUGGAUGUGCUGGUCUGGAUCCAUGGUGGGUUUCUCCAGCUGGGUUCCGGCCACCAGCCCGGCCUGAGUCCUUCAGGGCGCUUGGCGAGAGCCACAAACGCCGUACUCGUCAGCUUCAACUACCGCCUUGGGCCGCUGGGCUUCCUUGCCCUGGCUGCGCUGGGAACCGAAGUAAACCACGGCCUCUGGGAUGCCGCGUUGGCUCUCACCUGGGUCCGCGACAACAUUCGUUCUCUCGGAGGAGACCCUGACAAGGUGACGGUGGUGGGAACGGACGCGGGCGCCUCGCUGGCGCUUGCGAUUUUGGCAGCGGGGCCCCAGGCUGGCUGGGGCCGUCUCUUCCGAGCCGCCUGGCUUGAUGGUCCCUCUUCAGUACUCAACAGAACGUACGCACAGGUUGCCAAGCACAACAAGGCAUUUUUCCAGCAGCGUUCCGGCUGCACGAAUGCCACGUGCCUGCGAGCCCUGAGCGGUCAUGACGUCAUCAAAGCCCAUUUGGGUAAAGACGACCCAUCUUUCAGGAUCAGGGACCAGAAUGACCUGCCCAUUCAGGGGAUAUUUCCUGAGCAGUUUCUCGUCGUCGACGGCACAUUACUUACGAAGCCCCCAUUGGAAAUGAUCGAAGGGAAUUCCAAGUGUGACAUUCCUAUAUUGAUCGGAUCAUCGUCUCAAGCAGUUGACAUAUGGCCGGGGCCGGACGACUUAAGCCACUGGUCUUGGAACCAGUACAAGAAAUACGUUACUACGAGUCUCGACAGCUUUGGUUCGGGUAUCACACAAAUGGCGCUUCAGCUGUACAACCUUACGAAUGCUACAGACUUGGGCAUGACGCCAGAGCUGGUGUACACUACAAUGGUGACAGACCUUCGAGUCGCCUGUCCACUGGCGAAUAUGGCCUCCAACUUGGCGACGGCGUUCCAGUCACCCGUCUACCGAUACGUAUCUGAAAUCCGCCCAUCCAAACCGGUGAAAAUACUGGGCCAUGAGGCUCCGUACAGUCUGCACCCGUGGACGCUCGUGGCAUUCUUCGACCUUCAGGGCCACUUUCUGGAAGGAGGCGACGCUGGCGGCAAUCCUCAAGAAGAGCCAGAUCUGGCUCUUCGCGAUGCGGUACGAGAGAUGGCGCUGCGAUUUGUGCGCUCGGGCGGCCGCUCAGUGCCCGUGGCGGACUGGAUGAGGUACCCGAAGACGGUAGCCAUACUUCGGGGCGCCAAUGCCACGUGGGAGGUAGUGCCGACCACUUCGUAUAAGAAGACCGAGUGCAAAUUCUGGACCUCCGAGGGACUGACCCAGUACGCCUGGAUAAGCUAAGCGCUCGUGCGGAGUCCUGCGUUAUAUAUACACCGUCCGGAUAUUCAUUCGUUAGUCGAUCGGUCAGCAACUUGGUGCCGGUCCUUUUCUGUGCAGGUUUGUGCGCUUGUUCCCCUUCCGAAUGUCCUUGCGCUUUGGCGAAUGAGACUAUGACUUGUGAAAGUACGACAAGAUGCAGGUGAUAGAUCACACGUCACUCCAAAGUAGCAUGUCUAGACGAUUCUCUGCUGCAGUGACGAAUAAAUUCAGUGCCCCCCACAAAAGAGGCCACUCGUCGAGAGAUGACGCAGCUGUGGCAUGUGAAGCAGUAAGGAACAUCUUUCAUACUUUGCCCACAUUUACGAGUAUAUCAACACUCCUGUCAGUGAGGCCUCAUAAAUGCCACACCAGAGUUAGGAGCAAGGAGAAUGCACGACUAACGGCAAGCCAUGAUGAAUUUUAGGGGUUUCACUAUUUGAUGAUUCUGACACUGUUAAAACAGCAUUUAAAAAUAAGAUCACAUUAAAUUUCUACUCAUUCUUGGUGAUCGAGUCAAUAAGCGAGAAAAGUACAUGAGUCAUGGUGUGAGAGUCUCUUACGGGCAGAGAGCCACUUCUUUUGCCUUUGCGGAUUGGAAGGCUCUGCGCCAAACACCGAGAAAAAAAGAUAACAUAUGUUUCUGAACAACAGGAAAAGCCAUUCAGCAUAUAAGAUUUGCUCACUCACUCACUCACCAGAGUGAGUGUUAUUAUUGAGCACUUGUAGGAAUGUGCGCUGUCUCGCCUACUUAUUCUGUUCUGUGCGGUGACUAAAAAACGAAACGUAAUCAUCAACGACUCGCAGAAACCGAAGUUAAUACAAACUGCGUCUGUCCUGAAGCUCAGUCGUCUCCGCACCUUUUCCAUCCAGAAGCAGUCUUCAGUAUCUUCAGUGAUUGGCGUUUCUCAUCGGGCAAUCACUUGCUGUGUCUCAUAAUAUUGCGAUGAGUUCCCAAGAUAAGGAGGAAUAAAUUGCGCGUUCACUUACCGUGUUGAUGGACAGCCAAUCCGCAUACCAUUAGGAGAAAAUAUCACAGAUAAUAAAUUAUGACAUUUUAGAGACUAGCUCAAUUCAUCUGGAGAAUCAAAAACAAAGCAAUCGGAACAAAAAAAGGAAAGAUCUCAUCAGAAAAUUUCAUUGUUCCCAUUAUAUGAUAUGAAACGACAAUUUUGCCUGCUGUUUCGCACAUUAAAAGAAAGAGAAACGAAUGUAAGAACGACCUGUUAUUGAAUAAACCAUAAAACGGUGCAGUAAAGUUGCAGAAACGUGUUCACCAAGCCUAUUCGAAAGUGAAACUCUAUUCGCAAAUCACAAAUGGAUCCCUGCGUUUGUUAACACAACGGCGUGUCUUGUGGGCUCUCUGAUACUUGCAUGCUCGUACGGUAGCAUACAUUCGGAAAACGUCACAUACAGUGUUUGGAGUUGUGGUCGAGUUCUUAUGUAGCCGAUUAAGCCGACAAGUUUAGUUGCCAUGCAAGUUCAGGAGGAGUACUUGUGAGGGACACUUGUGUCUAUGCACGGCCAUUGUAAAUCAAACACAUUUCCGGGCGUGCAGUCGAUGACAUGGACGCCUGAAGAAUCGAGUGAAACCUUCAGUGAGUGAAUGCGUCUGUGUGUGCGUGCGUGAAGACAGCGUGAUUUGUGCCUUAGGCAGACUCUUCCUGGGAACUUUGCCGUUUGUGAACGUUUUUUGACUGUGGCAAGCAGUGCUCGAACUUGCACCGCGUCUUCUGUGCUUCAGUCGAAUGACCUCUCUCUCAAACUUUCAUCGUGCUUACCAGGUGUGCUUCUUGCUGUAUUGCUGUGUGUGCGUUGUUAUGUGGGAAAAUUUUUAGCGCAUCGGGUCGGUGUUCUUUUCUGAUUGUUUUUUCAUCCGUAUGCUUGAAUGAAAUAUACAUAACCCGCCAUUCAAAGCUUACAGUUUUUACAGAAAUGCUUCCUUCAUUCUCUUUCAUCCAAAGGCCUAAGAUCUAGCUAUUACGAAAACGCUUGCUAUAGUAAAUACUAGCUUCGCCAUCUGUGAAUAAUAGUGAUGAAGCCUCAGGCCAUAGUGGAGCUCCUAUUUUACGUCAAGCUGUCCACCUCUAAGGCGUGGCAUAAGUAUCGAGCAAGAUGUUAUGCUUUUGAUAAUGAGAUUGUGGUCACAGAAUUCCAUUCAUUGCUAGUUAUAAAUGCGCUCGAACGUUCCUUCUAGCACUAAACAAUUCAAGGCAAACAGUGCUGCUCACUAAUCCCCCGAACUUAACCCUCUGAAACGUAGGGUAUGUGUAGAUAGUGUAUUUGCUGUGUGCGUGGAAAGAUAAAGCAUUAAUAUUGUUUCUAUUCUUUACGCAAGACUGUUGUUAGUUCAUAAGGUAAGUUUCUAUAAUUAUAUAUUACUUCAUCACUUCUGCAUUGAGAUUUAGCGCGCUUCAAACUGUUCUCCUUUGGAGUGGUUUUCAAUCCAGUGUACUGAGUGCCGAAAAACUCGCAGGGGCUUUUUGUCAAUAUUCCUAAUUUAUAUGCUAUAUAGGUAUUACAAAAAACUAGUGCAUAUGUGUGCCCCACUUAUUGAGGUAGGACGCACACAGAAUCCUAAAAUUUGACAAAAUUAGCGCUUUUUGGUGUUUGCUCUCAAUAACUUAACAAAAGAGUCAAAAGUAAUAAGGUGGUGAUAAGAAGUGUCAAUUAGCACAUGAUUUAAACAGCCUGAACGCAACUUCUAAAUGAUGAUUCAAUGGGAUAUUUGUGGGAACCUUUGUUCCUGUGGUGCGGCUGUAGAAGAAGCAGAAGUACGGAUGUUAUCUUACGGUUGUUUUUACGCCUACAUUUAAUUUUACUCACUGCAUUUACAUGGUUGUGAAAGAUGGGUAUAUCUGCGCAUGAUCGGGUGAUUGAAGCGUUUAGUGAUGAGUGAAGCAUUACUGUCUGCUGGGAUAAUGUAUGUGACGGUGGCAAGAACUUUAAUUGGUUCUGAGAAACUGUGGUCAGGGGAAGCCGACGGCUCCCUCAGGUCAAGCCGGUGGCUUCACCCAUGAUGGCACCGGGAGGUGAAAUCCCGUUGCGAUGUCGUGGGCCCUCUGGACUGCCUGGAGCUGGAUGUGGUCGUGGUCGCUUCUGAGGAAUUCCUCCCACUGUUCCUUUGUGGCAAGUAUAGAGUUCUGCCAAAAUUUUCAGGACUACUUUCCCAUCAACGGUCUUUCUUGCCUAACUUGAAACAGGCAUUGUAAAUGCCGAUGGUUCCAUACAGCAGUUUCUAUUUGUUUGAACAAUUGUUCUUCAGCGGAAAAGCAUGUUGUCUGUAUGUAUGAGUGAAUAAAUUGAAUUUUGCUUAUU